AUGGCCUGCGACGCGACGUGCGGCGGCUGCCGCCAUGGAUGUAGUACCCGUCGCCUGGACGAUAUCGAGGAUAUGGACAAAUCCCAGCUUCUUGAGCUCCUGAAGAAGAAAGAUACCGAUUUAAAGAACGUCAGAACUGCUCUCAGAACUGUACAGGGCCAGGUCGCAGAGCUGUCCCUGGAUUCUCACCAUGCGGAAUGUGAGAACUCCCUCAGGUCUGCCGACUGGUUUGGUCGCACGGAUGACCCAGGAAUGAAAGCUCUAUACGUUGAGCGCUAUCUUAACUGGGGAUACACUAGGGAGGAGCUCUGCUCAGGCAAGCCCAUCAUUGGUAUUGCACAAUCAGGAUCUGAUCUCGCACCAUGCAACCGACAUCACAUUGAGCUUGCUAAGCGAGUGAGAGAGGGCAUUCGCUCGGCGGGCGCCAUCGCAUUCGAGUUCCCGACUCACCCAAUCCAGGAAACCGGAAGACGGCCUACUGCAGCUCUGGACCGCAAUCUGGCGGCUAUGGCUUUGGCUGAGGUCCUCAUGGGAUACCCUCUCGACGGUGUGGUCCUCCUGACAGGCUGCGACAAGACCACACCGGCCUUCUUGAUGGCAGCAGCGCAGGUGAACAUCCCGGCCAUCUGUCUCAAUGUCGGACCAAUGCUCAACGGAUGGUCUAGAGGAUCACGCGUUGGCUCCGGCAGUGUGAUCUGGAAGGCCCGCGAGCUCCACGCUGCAGGGGAGAUCAACGACGACCAAUUCGUCGACAUGGUUGCUGACGGUACACCCUCGCCAGGCCACUGCAACACGAUGGGAACAGCACUUACAAUGAACACACUAACGGAGGCCUUGGGUAUGGCCUUGCCCGGCUCAGCGGCGAUCCCUGCCCCGUAUCGUCAGCGAUCUCAUGCUGCCUACGAGACCGGACUACGCAUCGUCGACUUGGUCCGGAAGAAUAUCCGACCCCGAGACAUCUUGACACGAGAAGCCUUCGAGAACGCGAUCGUAGUGAACACAGCCAUUGGUGGGAGUACAAAUGCUCCUAUCCACCUGCUAGCUGUAGCCGCACACCUUGGGGUUCCCAUUGACAUGGAAGAUUGGGACGAGCUUGGCUUCCAUGUUCCGCUUAUCGUCAACAUGCAACCUGCUGGGGAGAUGUUGAGCGAGGAUUACUAUCAUGCUGGUGGCCUGCCCGCUGUCAUUGCCGAACUUGUCGCCGCCGACAUACUUCCACAUCCCGAAGCGAUGACGGUCAAUGGAAAGACCCUUGGUGAGAAUGCGCAGGGAAAGACAACCUGGGACCGCCGAACGAUCAAAACUGUGCGCAAUCCUUUGAAAAAGGACGCUGGCUUCCUACAUCUGCAUGGUAACCUAUUUGACUCGGCCAUCAUGAAGAUGUCAGUCGCGUCGGGAGAGUUUCGGAAAGAAUUUCUCGAGGACCCCCGAGACCCGAAUGCCUUCACGUGCGACGUUGCCGUUUUCGAUGGUCCCGAGGACUACAAGGCACGCCUUGACAAGGCCGACAUCCACGCUCGUACUAUUCUGAUUAUGCGAGGCGUCGGCCCGCUGGGAUAUCCAGGAGCAGCAGAAGUAGUGAACAUGCAUGCCCCCUCUGCCUUACUGAAGCAAGGCAUCCGAGACCUUCCCUGCAUCGGCGACGGCCGCCAAUCCGGCACCUCCGGGUCUCCAUCGAUCCUGAAUGCGAGCCCCGAAGCCGCAGACGGGGGCAACCUCGCACUAGUACGCGAUGGCGAUAAAGUCCGGGUCGACCUGAACAAGCGAAGAGUAGAUCUGAUGGUCACAGGAGCAGUCUUGGAAGCACGCAGAAAGGAGCUGGACGAACAGGGCGGUUACCGUGUGCCACGUAGCCAGACUUAUUGGCAGGACCUACAUCGUCGCGAAGUGGGACCGCUCAGUGAGGGAGGCGGUGCAGUCGUCGCGGUCAGCUGGCGCAAUUCCCAUACACGACGUUGCAAGUCAAAUACGAGCCGGCACCCAAGUUUGCGCCAGAGGCCAUCCCGGCAGUUUGUCGGUUCUGCUACCUCUGACUUAUCACACGAAGAGCUGGAAGUCAGGGAUCCCAUUGAGACACCAACCAUUCCUAGAGAGGGGGGCACGGAAAUAUCAAUUUCAGAUUUGCGCCAGAGUCACUUGCCAGAUCUCACUUCGUUGAAUAUCAGCCCGAGCAAUCGCCCCAUUUCGGAGGGCGGUCGAUCAUCGUCAGGACGGCAGUUCAAGACCGCGAUGAACACGGCUCGCCUCUUCGUGGCCUCUCUGGGGAACCCAGCACCUUACCAGAACACGAGGCACUCAGCUGGACAUGUUCUGCUCAAAGCGUUGCAGUCACAUCUCAACUUUCCGGCGUUGAAGAAGUCGAAACUGCACGCCGGUGGCCUUGUAUCCAGCGGAUCAGAUGUCGGCCGGCCAGAGUACACGUUAUGGCAGUCGCCCAGCCUCAUGAACGUGUCGGGUCCAGGGCUUCUGAAGGCAUACAAGCAGUUCAUCGCGGACUCGGCGGGCUCGUCCACAGACGGAGGCCUGCCCGGACUGGUGGUUCUCCACGAUGAGAUGGAAACGGCGCCGGGACAGCUCCGAGCGCGGAGUGGGCACUUGAGCGCGAGAGGCCAUAACGGGAUAAAGUCAGUGCAGCAAAGCUUGCAGUCGGCAGGCCUGCUGACUAGGCUGACCGACGACACCGGGAACGGCGGCAAGUUCAUCAAGAUCGGCGUCGGCAUCGGCCGUCCCGCGGGUGGAUCGAGAGACAGAGAGGAGGUCUCGGCAUAUGUGCUAGGGAAGUUUGGGACGAGCGAGCUGGCUACUCUGGCCGGGACCACCGGUACAUUGGUCGAAUUGCUUGAGGGCAUACGGGCGAAGAUAUAA